GCACAUCGUGUGAAGUUUUCUUAUACAGCACCUACCAGUUGCGUGACUUUAUCGUAUUCGCUAUUGGUUUUUUCCUGGACGUUUUCGCGUUUAUACUUUGCGCGUAUAGUAAUUUUUUGUUUCUAGAUAUUUUUUGAUUUUUUUUUUUUUGGUUUAAAUUGCAGAAUUUUAUCGUAUUUAUUUUUUUCGCCGGCCCUGACCGUGGGCGUGAAUAUUUCAGCGUGUAACGUCGGAUCGAGUUUAUAUUGAAAUUUAUUUAUAAUAUACGAGUGUGUGCAGUUGGUUUUACGAGUAUUUUUUUUUUCAUCAACGUGUUCGUAUUUGAAUUUUCGAUUGUUUGAUAUUUCUUUUUGUUCGGUAGUGUGGUGUGUGGAAUUUUGAUCUUGGUUUUUUAUUUUUAUCGAGUGGUCGUCGAUGGUGCUUGAUCAUCUAGUGUAUCAACAGCCUGAUGAUUGAAGAUUGCUGAAAAACAACGAACCGAGUCGUCAACAUGGUACCAAUUGAUCGACUAGCUGUCUGGGUCGUGAUGAUAUCGAUUCUAGAUCGCUGCUGGGCUAUUCACGUCUCGUUGAGAGCUCCUAGGUACGUGAUGAUGGGUGGAAGUGCGACGCUGAAUUGUGACUACGAUGUGCACGAAGAUCAGAUACACAAGGUUGAAUGGCUGAGGGGUGAAAACAAAAUAUAUCAGUUCGUUAAGGGCAGAAAUCCACCGUAUAGGAAUUUCUCGAUUUCUGGAGCUGAUAUUGAUUGGACCGAUACGAACGACAAGAGAGUCAGCUUGAAGAAUUUACAAUUCGAAGCAUCCGGCGUCUACACGUGCGAAGUAUCAACAAAUCAUCCAAUUUACACGAAACCAUCGGAUGAAGAAUACUUAACCGUUAUGCAGAGCCAAAUGCACGAUCCUCAUAUAACGUUUAAUCAGGCCAAUUUCACAGUCGGCGAUACGCUGGACGCAAAUUGUACGUCGAGUCCGGCGACUCCGGUACCCGAGCUGACAUGGUUACUAAAUGGUAAAAAGGCUGACGAAAGUUGGAUUCGAUCGUUUCCCGAAGUAAAACAAUCCUCGUCUAUGGUCCAAUUAACGAUGACGGUGAGUUCGGAAAACGCUCCUCAGCUGAGGGUGACCUGUCUAUCGACUAUACCUGGAUACCUCGGGCAUCACGUACAAGAUACCGAGUACGCCGAUUACAGAUCGCAUACAAUUAACGUUGAUGUAGCUGUGCCUCCAACUGAAGCGGCUCAAACUGCUGGAACGGAUGCGACGAUGAGAUGUCGGUGGCAAAUUUCAGUAUUAUUGUUCCUCGGAAUGUUUACCCUUACUUCCUUAUAACUUUUGGUUCCAUUGUAGCGAAAAGAGAAGAGAGAGAUUCGUAAUAGCAGUAAAUUUUCUAUUGAAAUUCAUGGAAAAAUGUGGUGGUCGUGGUCGUCCCCUAGUCCCUGGUACCCGACUCAGGCCCCGUGACGAGUGUGUGCAGCGCAAGCGGUCGAUUUUCGCGUGUGUACUGUUCGACGUUCGUCUUACUACAUACUUAUUAUGUUAUGUACACCUACGUCUCGUCGUAUAGUUGUACCUGCUACCCCGUAGUAUAAUAAUACAAAUACGAGUCGAAUCAAGAAGAGUAUACAUAUUAAUAAAUAUGGUAUAUUGGUCGAUCGAGCAAAUCAACUGUACGUGGAAAAAAAGUGCUGGUAAAGGGAAAGAGAUGUUUAUAAUAUAGUCAAAAUAUUAUCGUAUUUUUUUUUUUUUUUACAUUAUUGUUAAUUUAUUCAACGUUAUGAACUCUCUGUUGUAAUCGAAAAGACUUUUGUAAAUAACGAAUAUAUUUCUGUAAACGGCGACGAGGUCGAUUCCAGAUGACACGAGUGGGUUUAUAGGAUGACGGAGAGGGAGGGGGUAUUUUUAAUUUGAAUAUACGAUACAGGGUGUAUCGUGUCAAAGUUAGAUUCCUCCAGUUGCGAUAUAUGUAGAACACCAAUUUUGAGUUCAUGUAUGAAUGUUUGCAUAUUGUCUUGGCACAAAAGGAGCUGAGUUGAUUUUAUUUUUAUCAACUUUCCUCGAAUUGAAUCAAUUCGGGGUGACUCAAUUCAUGGAAGUGUUGGAGAAAAAAUAUGAAAAAAUUAACUGAAAGUUUCAAGUGAAGAUCCAUUAAUGGUAAUAUUUAUUACAAAAAUGAGAAUCUAUAUUUUCACGAAUUAAAAGCCCAAUGGAAUGAAGACCCAUGAUAAGAGUAGUACAUAGUUUUUGGGAAAUAAUGUAUUUUGAAAAAAUAUGUGUAUGUCCACUGUCCAGUUGAGCCCUUAUUCCACCAGAUCUUCAAAUGUAAAAAAGAAAUUGUCAUGCUGAAAUGAAUCAUGAGAAAAAAUCCAGUUUUUCAUUUCUAAAAAGGGGGAAGGGAGGGCUUGAAAAAUUGGAACCACCAAAAAGAAUGUCUAGAAAUACACUCUCUAAAUACACUCGCCAAAUUUCUGCCUCCUGGAGCAGUUUGGGAGGCUUCCAACACCAACAUACGAGAUUCUAAGACUAUUUUGAAGAAAAAAAAGAUGAAAAUCAAGUUUUUUGUAGAGUGGGAGAUAUACGGGAGAGGGAAUGGGGGGGGGGUAGAAAGUUGAAACUCUUCAAAAGUCACAUCCAAGACACUUUUCGAAUGUACAUGUCUGAUUUCAACCUCCUAGGUCAAAUUUAGAAGGCUCCAUUUACGACACAAAAUCAACAAAAAAAUCAUUUUAAAAAAGGCACGAAAACUUAUUUUCUCACAGUUAAAAAAGAGUGAUGACUGAUGAGGGGUUGAAAAAUUGAAUAAAUCUGAAAGACACGUCUAGAACACCUUGCGGAUAUCUGGAAAAAAGUCAAAAAAAAUUAUUUUUAUAUAUUUCUGUGGAUUUUCACCACUGGUGAAUUUUUGAGAAUUUUUUGAGUAGUGCCCUUUGCUCCAUGGCCAUUGAAAUCAUUUGAAAAUGUGUUUUUCCCCACCUGAAGUGGUCAAUUCUGAUCAAUUUUUUUCCCUCGUAAUAUUAUAUCAUCGAAGACGUAGAACUUUGUCGUCAAUUUAAAUUUGGACCCAAUUCAUCAAUAUUUUUUUCUUGUUCUAUCAUUUUUAUUAGAAAUGAAUCGAAUCGCUCCAUUUUGGGAACCUCUGACAUCCCUUCCAAGUAUUUUCUACAGCGAAUUUGGAAAUCUGCAAUAUUUUUCUCCUAAUUUGCAUUUCCCAGUUUGAAAAAAUUUACCACCCUCCCCCCCCCUCAAAGGUAGUAAAAAAUCAACGAUUUCCGAAUUCGCAGGAGGCUGAUUUUUGGAUAUGGUGUGCAACUUUUGAUUUCUUAUCAAUUGAUUCAAAUUUUGACUUUUUUCGUUCUUCAACCCCCCCCCUCCUCAUCCCUUGAGAAUUCUGACAUCCGCGAAUUUCAAGUCCGGGUCACCCUUUCUCAAAUCUUUUGAAUUCAACUCCAAAUCAAGUCCAAACACUAAAUUUAAGCGAAUUCGGUUGCAUUGACUCCAGUUGAGGUGGUCUAAAUGUGCAGGAGGCUGGAAAAAACCUGCAAUAAAAUGAUAUAAUAUUUUUAAAAAUUCAAUAUGGGUGCCUAAAAUUUAUGAUAAUGGACUUCUGGGAUUCUGAAACAGAUUUUGUGGAGAGUCGCACCGAAAAUCUUUGGUUUCUUUCAGAGGCCCCUGAGUUUUUCUUGAUUCUGAGGAAAAUCAGUCUAUGAGCAUAUCUAAUUUGGGUCAACAAAGGGUCCCAUGAAAACAAAAGGGAACAAAUCUUGUACGACAGGAAAUUUCCUAUCAGUAAAUUUCAGCUGAAUUUUUCUCUUGAGAACUUAGUUUUUGAGGUAUUUUGCUUCCAUAAAGUUGAACUUUCAUCUUUGAUUCCAAAUAUCUCGAAAACUAAAGCUUCCUGAGGGAAAAUAUCAAUUAAGGAAGUAUGAGGAUCCUUUGGGUAAAACAAUCAGAGUCAAAAUUGUACGACAUGAAAUUUUCUACCAGGAAAGUUCAGCUACAGGAUGUCCAAUAGAUCAUACAAGUCAUGUAGAAGUCUUGCAUUAGCAAAAAUAUUUCAAAAAAAAUGUAUUAUAUGUAUUUGAACAAUUGAACAUACAAAAUCUUGAUAAACCACCUUUUACGUAUUUUUGUAAGCAAUCUGAAUGAAAAUGAUGAAAAUAACUUGUCAAAAGAAAUUUUUUUCUUUUUUUCCACAAAAAAUGGCCACAUUUUGUUAGAUAACUGAGAAUUUCAACUUUUUCUCUAGAAGUUUGUUUGUGGUAAUUUUUUUCACAAAAAAUUGAUCAUUUUUUUCACUAAAAAUAAUUGUUGUUUUUUACUAAAAAUGCCAUGUUUUCUCGCUAAAGUGGAAAUUUCUCAUUGCUUACCAAUGAUAGUCACUUUUUAGCCCCUCCUCCAAAAAAAUCCACAUUUCUCUGUCACUAACGAUGAUAGUGAUUUUUUUAAACCAAAAAUUUUCUUUUUUUUUAAAACCAAAAAUAUAUUUUUCCCACUGAAAUGGUCAAAUUUUGUUCUUCAAUAAUUGACACGUUUUUUUUUCACCUAAAAUAUGUCGAUUCCCCCCCCCUUUCCCUCAAAAUUGUCAUUUUCCAUUAAAAAAUUAUUUUUCCCUGUUGAAAUGAAGAGUUCUCUCGAUUUUAUCCUAAAAAUGUCCCCAAUUUUGCUCACUUGAAAUUAUUGUUUUUUCUGUCAUUUUUUAGAGAAAAUCUUCUCACAAAACAUUACAAUUUUUUAUUUGGGGGGGGGGAGGGUAGGGAGGAAGGUGAUCGAAUAUGCUUUAUUUAUUGUGUUAUUAGGAGAAAAAGUCGUAUAUUUGGGUCUCGAAAAUUUGUUAGACUGCCUGAGUUACUCGUACAUUCAAUGGCGUAACCAAGGGAGGCUGAAGAGGCCAUGUCCCCCUUGCGAGCCAAAAUUUAAAAUAAAACAUGCAAAAUGGUCUUUUUAUCGUUAUUUGGACCCAUUUUUUCGAAAAAUUUUCGCUCGAGAAGUAAUUUUAUCUUCAUCUUAAUAAAAUCAUUUUCAUAGGGUAUAUCGAAAUGUUUUCAGAAAAUACUCGUACCUCUAAUUUCGACGUUUCAUCCCUAAAAAUCUAGUUUUGCCCCCUGCCUGAAAAAAUCCUGGCAACGUCACUGGUUACAUUUUCCUCUGGAGAGUUCAAUUUUAGAGAUAUUUUGCUUCAAAAGUCGAAAUCACAUAUUUUGGCUCAAAUUUUUAAGCUUCUUAGGGAAAAAUGUAAGUACCUAAUCCAACUUUGUGUAGAUGGAAUAUAUUUUAAUCCACAAUUUUGGUUGUAGGUAGGUCUAUACAUAUUAAUUUUUUUAUAUCAAAAUUUCCAUCUUUUUUUUUGAAACCCGAUUUUAUUGUAUUUUAAAAAUUUAUGGCCCUAAAUUUUCCAAAACUGAACUUUCUGAGAAAAAAGUUGCUCAACACUACUUUGUUUCUGUAAAACCCUUUGGAUUACAGCACUUUGAAAAUUUCAAUCAAUCGCAGUGUUUCUUUAUUUUUGAAAUAUUUUUCCCAGCUCCUGUACUUUCAAGAAUAUGCAAACAUUCCUACCCAUAAUCAAGAUACGUUGCCUACGUCACAUUAGCAAGGAGCUCACUCUAAUACGGGACAUCCUGUAUGUGUACAUCCUACAUAUACAGAGAAGAUACGCGUGAUCCGGAAUACAUCACCGUAGGAUUAUUUUUCUAGCCGAAAUGAGAAUAAACCACCCCUCUCUACUUCUCCUUCAUAAUCCAAAAGUCUACGAAAAAGUGUUGAUUUAUAUUAUGCUCGUUUAGUCGACUAAAAUUAGCUUAUCUCCGAGAACACUUUAAAAACCGUUGUUUAUUUUUAAUAAACUUAUAUUAUACUCUGUGUCUCGUAAAGUUUUGGGUAAACAUUGAUUCUGGUUAUUAAAAAUGUGGUCUAGUUGAACCGAUCUCGUCGCCGACCAUAAGAAAGUAACCUUCGAACGGUGUGGUGAAAAUUUGUCGAGUUAAGAAGGAGGGUCAUUAUGGGCAUUUUCGUGCCCCUCGCUACUUCGAGACUUGAAUGGCCUUUUCUCAUAGGGGAUGGUCCCUAGUAUUAAUAUUAGGCGAUAUUUUCCCAGAAAAGCCCAUAGGGGGGCUGUGGGGUGGGCCCAAAGUCGAAAAUUUCAAAAAUUUUUAGAACCACUGCUCGAAAAUGUAAAAAAUUAAAAGUAGCGAAUAUAUGUUGCUUUAAGGGUAAGCAAUGCAGCACGUAACGCUUUUUUCAUUUUUGACCUUUUUGGGGGUUGUGGUGGGGGUAUUUCUAUUAUUGAAAAUUUUGAAACCCCCUUUUUUGACCCUUCCCGUCGAGCCCCGCUAAUGCCCUUUUCAUGGUUUAUUGCUACUAGUAGUAAGUUCAAUUGAUAUCAGUUGCAACCCCCUCACUAACUUGGCUCAUAUCGAAAAAUUCAAUUUUUGACUUUUUUUUGAGGUCCAUAUUUUGGGAAACCAUGAAAAGCUAUCGAGGUCCGGUUUGCGGCAAAUAUGUUGAAUUUUACUUCUUAAUCGACUGGCAUGCUUGAAUUUUUAUUUCAAGUCAAUUUUUGACCUCAUUGUUGCAGAUCACUUUUGGGGGUGGCGAACUUUGAGAACCCCUGAAAAAAGUUCUAAAGUGAAUUUUUUCAAACUUUGAGCUGAAAUGGUCUUAAAUACAUGUGUUUAACCAAGAUGAUAUGCGAAUGCGAUAUUUUAAUACAAUUUAGUCAUUUUGGGUGAUUUUAUCAAAAAAAGUAGUGUUUUAACAACAGGCAUAGCUUUCCGGCAAAAGUUAAGCUACGUGUAUUCGUGGUGUAGUCCAGUCAUUAAAGACAUUUUUGCAGCAAAAAUUAAUAUUAAACCGAUCUUUCGCAGAUAUUCUUCACAGAGGUCCCCUCAACAACCUACUAAAAAUCCUGGCCCCUACGGGGUCCGGAACCCCCUCAAAGGGAGUGGAACUUCCCCCGAAAUCAGUUUUUCGCCAUUUUCUCCCCCGCAUUGCAUUUUAGCGAAAAAUAAGUGGCUAGAUAAAAGAAUCUACGUCGAAUUUCCGAUGUAAUGAUGUAUCAACUUCCCUUGUAUGUUCAAGAGGGGCGAAACUGCAACCAUUCAAAUGAAGGGGUUCUCUGAAAAAUACAUAAAGGCUAUAGGCGCCUAAGAGGGGUGAAAUGGUCACCGAAAUCGUUCGAGUUGAUAUUAGCAUGGGAGGUAGGUACCAUUGAGAAACUUCCGCGUGGAAAGUUUCAGAUCCACACCCCCUCCCCUUUUUGGAGAGCCCCCCUUUUCUGAAACUUCAAUAACACUUUUCUCAGCCCCAUUCCAACCGAUUUUGAAAAUUUUUCAGUAUGUUAUGUAUAUCCUUAUUAGGUAUCCCCACAAAAAUUUUUAACCCCCUCCCCUCAUAUUUACCAUUCAAAAUGGUGUAAAAAUGUGUCAUAGGGAGGGUUGGGGGUAAAAUGGGAAUUUUAGGGAAAAUAACUAAGAAUUAAUGAGUAGGGUAUAGUUUUCUUAUGAUUAGAUACCGUUGAGCACGAAUAUGACGUCAGAUUUUUUGCUACACUCAUCUACCCCUCUACAGAACACUUGGCCGCCUCAAUUUUUAUUUUUAUUAUUGUUAAAAAGCAUAAUAUUAGUUGAAAUACGCCAUUUUGAAGGGUAAAUAUAAGGGGAGGGGGUUGAAAAUUUUUGUGGGGAUACCUAAUAAGGAUAUACAUAACAUACUGAAAAAUUUUCAAAAUCGGUUGGAAUGGGGCUGAGAGAAGUGUUAUUGAAGUUUCAGAACUUUUGCCGGAAAUGCUAUGCCUGUUGUUAAAACACUACUUUUUUUGAUAAAAUCACCCAAAAUGACUAAAUUGUAUUAAAAUAUCGCAUUCGCAUAUCAUCUUGGUUAAACACAUGUAUUUAAGACCAUUUCAGCUCAAAGUUUGAAAAAAUUCACUUUAGAACUUUUUUCAGGGGUUCUCAAAGUUCGCCACCCCCAAAAGUGAUCUGCAACAAUGAGGUCAAAAAUUGACUUGAAAUAAAAAUUCAAGCAUGCCAGUCGAUUAAGAAGUAAAAUUCAACAUAUUUGCCGCAAACCGGACCUCGAUAGCUUUUCAUGGUUUCCCAAAAUAUGGACCUCAAAAAAAAGUCAAAAAUUGAAUUUUUCGAUAUGAGCCAAGUUAGUGAGGGGGUUGCAACUGAUAUCAAUUGAACUUACUACUAGUAGCAAUAAACCAUGAAAAGGGCAUUAGCGGGGCUCGACGGGAAGGGUCAAAAAAGGGGGUUUCAAAAUUUUCA